AGAAUAGAUUCUUCCUGGAAUUAGUGGAAAACUUGUAGACUACCCGCCCUUACUAGCAAGGGGGUCUGGGGGAGCUAGCACCGCCGAGCACUAUUUCUGGUAUUGAAAGCCAACAAAAUGCAUAUUUUGAGGUACCCAGGCGCCCGAAGAUCCCGAAAUUAAAAAUCCCAGUCUUCACCAGGAUUCGAACCCCGGUACGGAAGCCAAGCAGUUUACCGCUCAGCCACUGCGCCUGCUUUGUAAAUUCCAUGACGUGAACAAAACCGAAUGACAGACUUGGACUUUGCUGAUGAUAUUGCACUAUUACAUAAAUGCAUACAAGAAAUGAUGAUAGAGAGGCACCAAAAAUUGGCCUAGACAUAAACUUGGAUAAGACUAAAAUUGUGCAAGUGGGAUAUUAAGACAAAGGGCUUCCAUCAGACUUGUCGAGUCAGAGCUUGAAAAGCUGGACAAGUUCAUGUACCUAGUCAGCAUCAUAACAAACAAUGGGGAUGCUUACCAAGAUGUAGCAUGCCGAAUAGAAAGGCAGGGAGCAGUUUCCAAAGGCUGCAGCCUAUUUGGACAAGCCAACCAUUGGACUUGGGACAAAAAUACAUCUUCUUGACACAAUUGUCAUCCCAGCAGCAAAAUAUGCACGCGAGACAUAUUAUCUUCUGUUUGACAAUGUGUUAGAGGCUUUAAAGACAAAAAUAUCUGCUAAUAUUAACAUUCACAAUAUCUAUAUUUUUAAAACAAAGUCUAUAAUGUCUGCUUUACAUAAUGGCUUUCUCAAUGAUGAGUUGGUAAAGAAUGCUUUCACUGUGCUUAAAGAAAAUGCAGUUCUAAGUCGUCAUGAAAAAUCAACACCUAAUGACAGUGCCAAUACACCAAUAGAUGUUUCAUUAUCAUCUCAGAGAGGCUCUCAAUUUUGUGACAUCAAUUCACAGACAAAUGAAUUUAAUUUGUCUUCAGCUAAAAGUUCACAGUCCCCACUCAAAGACCUAUCAGAAGACUUGCACAAUAUGAACAUACAAAAGAAAGACAACUUGGAAGAACAAAGAGAAAAAAGUGGUAGUGGUUUGCCUGAACUUCUACCAGAUGUGAGCAUUCCAUUAAGACCAGAAAGUCUUCCACUUCCUAUUCCAAGUCAUAAUGACAAGCAAGAACAGAGUCGAUCAAAUUAUGUUAAUCAAGCUCAUGGUCAAAAUUAUAUUGAUGAUGAAGACAGUGAACUAUUGGCAAGUGCUACCACAUCUAAGCCUAUACCCAUACGUGCUCAGGCAAAUACUGAGAUCUGUGCUCUGUUGUCUAGUAGUUUACCUCAGGGAACAAUAACCAGGAAAGGGGACAUGAUUCAAUUUGUUGCUGAUAAUUUACAGGAGAAAAUAAAACAGAGUAGUCCUAUGUCUAAUGCAGAUAAUGGCACCUCCGGCAGUAGAAGAUCUAGUGAACGAAGCAUAUAUUCUUUUUCUUCCUCCACUUCAUUUGCAACUUCUUCAGGAGUGUCAAGAUCUCCCAGCAGUCAAUUUCAACAAAGUCCAGAUGAUAUACCACCAAUUGAUGUUACAGCAGUUAUAGAACUUGAAAGCCAUGCUCGGAAAGUGGCUGAUAACCUUGACCUCAUGAUGGGAAAUAUAAGAAAUAAUUUACACAAGAUGUCAGCUAUUACCAUUGGCUGCCAAGAUGCAUAUAAGCGUUCUGUGGAUAUCACAUGUGACUCCGUUGAUGCUAGCAUUAAGUCCAUGUAUGCCCUAAUGGCCAAAUGUGAAGAACUCAGUGCUGCGAUGGGGCCUGUUGAACAGCUUGCUGGACAAAUCAAAGAAAUAAAGCGUAUAUUGGAUUUGUUUGAAAGUCAACUGUCUGAAAAAUAACAACCACCACCAGAUUCAACCACAAGACAAUUUGGGGGAAAGAAUGCAUAAAAUAGAUUCAUACUAUCAUAGAUACAAACAUUUAACAUUGAAAUAAUUUGUUAAAAUACUAAAAUAGAUUCAUACAAUCAUAGAUACAAACAUUGAACAUUGAAAUAAUUUGUUAAAAUACUAAAAUAGAUUCAUACAAUCAUAGAUAGAUAGAUUAAAAUAGUUAAAAAGAUAAUUAAAAUAAAACUUUGUUUUUAAAGUUUUUAGUUCUCCGAAAAAUAUAAUUCCUUUUUUUUUCUGUCACACAUUUUUUAAAAUGUUAAAAUCCUCCAUUCAUGGAAUGUCAGUCCCCCUCCUCCAAGUUGUCACUCUCUUGGUUUUUAGCAGGAUCAGUCAAUAACAAGUUUCAGAACAUUAUCAAACCUUAAAUUUCUUAUCAAACACAAAAGAAACACUAUGAUAUGUUCAACUAAACUAUUUCUAUAAUUGCAAAACCAGGUCUAAGAAAAUGUUAAUUGCAAGUUUUCCUUUAAGAUGAUUGCAUUAAAUAAAAUACUUGGCUGAGUUACUUAUCUUUUAUGUAUACAUAUAAGUAUAUUUAUUUAUUGUAGCUAUUUUGCCAUGACCCAAAUACUUACUGUUUUUACUUUGCAAUAUGAAUAUUUCUUUGUCAUUUAAAUUGGGAUGUUAUGUCAGAUUGUCUAGAUCGAUUGAAUUCUUUUUUUUUUUAAGUUGUGUAAGAGUUCUUUUGAAUUUUGGUGUUGAAGACAGUUAUAUAUUAUCUUUUGUAUAUGUCCUGGUUAUUCUAAACAUUUGGUGAGUGCAGUCUAGAUAUCUAUGAAGUUCAAAUGAGAAUGAUGUGCCUUAAUAUAGAAGUUGUGUUGAAUGGUCUGAAAAUCAAAGCAUCUUUUCAUUGCAUUGUGCAAAUAUUGAACAAAUUAAACAUGAGAUUAUUUGUUCUGGACUGACCCAUUUGAAUAUAAAUGACUGAUUGGACUGACUCCAGCCAAAGUGUGAUGUAUGAGGCACAUAUAGUUCAUUCAGAGUAUGUGGAAUAGUCGUUGAGUUGCCUCUGAUCUGUAUGUUUCACUUUUGUGAAAUGUUGACUAAAUGUUCAAUACAAUAUUUCUCCAGGGUACAUCAUUAUGUGAUCUUAUUUUGUAGGCUUCAUUUCACAAUGAUCUAGUUUUCACGUGUUUCAUGUAUGAUUCCAUUCAGCCAGCUAAUGACAUAGAGAUGAGACAACGCAUAGAGUUAUUCUUGUAACAUUUGACAAAUAUUUCAAUCUAUUUUUCAAUUAAAACAGUUGCACUUGUUAUUAAUGUCUUUUUUACAUUUGAUCUUGUUUUGUUGAUCAAAAGACAACAAAAGAAGUUAAAAGAAAAAACUUAACUAUUGUCUUAAGCAGGUAGAAUCUAUUUUUGAAGAAAAUUUUUAAGAAGUCAUUUAAAAUUGUUAGGACACUGUACAGCAUGCCUUAUCUGCGCCAUUUUACAUCUCAAGAGACAAUCUUUUCCCUUUGCAACUUCUUGUGUGACUAAGGAUGUCAAUCCUUGAUACAGAGCUGCACCCACAGGUUGGGCAUCUGUAAUCACCAGGUGCUGUUGCACUUUCACCCUUCUUUCUACUUCUAUGCUAUCUGUAUAGUUUCAAGGUAAAUGUAAUUAUAUUAGCUUUAUUGUAUGUAUGCAUUCCUGACUAGUCAGAUUUCAUGACUCAUUCUAAAAAUAUAUUUUUUGUUGAAUUUGAAAAGUUAAAUUCCAAUGUAAAUGGAUUAUUUUGGAUCAAGGCAACACAUUUUUAAAGGCUCGUGUGUAUCUUUCAUAUUAUUUGCAUAAGUUGAAGGAACAAACAUUUUUAAAAAAUCUUUCUCUUUCACUAUUCAAAUGUCAAUAUUCUAUUUUGUAAAAAAUCAGUUGAUAUGUGAUAAUGUUUACCAUAAUCUGUAUAAAUGAUGAACAUAUUAUAAAUGAUUGAUUCCUUUCAAUGAACAUUUAAAACAUGGUAUUGUUCAAGUACUUUAUUCAUUUAAUUCAUAAAAUGCAAUUUUAUUUUAUUUUGAUUUGUGAUCUCAUUGCACAAAGUGUAUACAAAUGUGAAAGUAUCAAAUCUGUUGCUGCUUUCUAAUCAGCUAGUGAAUUAUUGCGCUAACAUACAUGUUUUUCUUCUCUUUCCAACGUUCUACAUUUUGUCAGUCUACUGGAGGAAUAUUAGAAUCCAACAUGCAUUGUUCUUUAAAAGCUUUUUUAAAUGUCAUAAUUUUUCUCUUUUUCAAAAUCAGAUAAAAUUGUUAUUUAAGAAAAUAUUUGUUUUUUUUUUUAAAUAAAACUUAACGAAAUUGGAAUAUAAAUAAAAUUCCCUAAUGUAGAGAGUGAACUAUCUCUAAUGACUAGGGCUUAUUAGUAGGCAACUUUUGUUUAGUCCUCAAGGUGGAGAAUUACAUUUAUAGGGGGAAGCAUAAUUAAUGCUAAACAAACUUUUUUGUCAAAAAAAUCUUAAUGAUUCUAUUGGAUUAAAAUGAUUUGCUUUA